GCCAAAAUGUCUUAUGCGCGUCAAUAAAUUGUUGUCUCUAAUGUGGGUGACGCUUAGCGCACUGCUGUUGUUGCCAAGACGUGAGAAUUGAAAGGUCGCCAUGGUUACAGCGCAAGGUGGCAAAUCCUGCGACGUAAUUGGAGCAGUCCGGUGUUGAUUAAAGGAUGUUCCUCCGCAGCAUCUCCCAGGCGCCGUUCAGCUUCCUGGCUUUGGUAAAAUAAACUCAUGGUUACAAGGGGUAAAAAUACUGCUUCGCUUCUUACAUCAGUGCGCUCCACGAUAAUCUAUUUUUGGGAACUUCUCCCAUUCGCCUCGGAGUGGUUACUGGGUGUCUGUCAUUGGGAGCUCCGGAUUGUCGCCUGCAGCGGCUGUGUGCAGGGCAGAGGCGCAAACCCAGAGCGCCCCGAGAUACGUCUGUAAAUAUGUAAAAAAACGAAGACGAAGAAGAGAAAACUGUGCAGAUGCCGCUACAAGCAACAAUGAGGACAUUUUCGGAAGAUCAGAAGAAAAAAGCCGCGUGGACUCAGGCAACAGAAUGACGGCUUGACCUUGUGAAGACAUGGAGGGGACCAGUGCGUCCAGUCCGGUUGCCAGUGCAGUGAGUGCUGCUGUGUGGCCGAUGGGGGAUUUGGUCGGAUUUGGAUAAAUCUGUUAUGUCACUGGUCACAAACUAAAAACAAAAGAGCUGUUUGAGUUCAUGGAAAAGUUUUCUGAACUGCAUCAAAACUUAUUCGUGCCUUACAGGGUAAAAAUGGAUACAUACAAAAUAGCCUGGUGAUCGGCUUCAACUUUACCCAGUUUAUUUGUUUUGUUUUAUCGAUGUUUUAUUUUAAUGCGCUGGCGAUAUGUGGAGUGCGUUUAUGAACGGCUCGGGGCUGAAUGGCGGGGGCGGUGCUGGCGGGGGAUACGUCCCGUCUCAGGGAUGGGAGUUUGUGCCGUGCUCCAGGAUGGAGAGGGCAGACAGAGGCAGGGGCAAAAGCCGCAGUCCGCUGAGGAGGAUCUCUUCUCCACCCACCGUCUUCAGCCACAUCUACGAGCCCCAGUUUGGUCCUCUACCUGGUGGCGGUGGCGGUGGUGGUGGAGGAGAGGGUGGAGCGGGGACCCAGCUUGAAAUCCUCGGGGGACAAAUGUGGCCGGGUCCCGAAGCUCAGGAGAAGCAGCAGCAAACACAACACACGAGGCUAAAAAAGAAGUUUGAGGAGUUGAAGAGGCGACACGUACAGGACAAGGAAGAAUGGAUGCGAGAGAAGGAAUCAUUAUUGAGAGAAGUGGCUGAUAUACAAGGAGGGGAGAACAGGAGGAUUUUGUUGGACCUGAAGACGGUUUUGGAGGAAGUGCAGGCGGAGGUUAAGAGAGAGGAGGAGAAGAGGAGCGAGCUUCAGCUGCAGUAUACUAGAGACAGAUGUGCCUGGGACCUGGAGAAAGCUGAGCUCAAAUGCAGGAUUGCCCAGUUGGAGGCUAGAGAAGCUGCUGGGUUGGUGAGCGGAGGGGUCCAGUCAGCGACAGGUCCUGGCUCCGUGGCAUCACAGAGACGUCGAGAACAGCUCUGUGAGACCUCAACGCUCCACAGGGAGAGGGAAGAGCAACGGAGGAUUCUGGCGGACACUCAUUCAACAACCAUGGACCUGCGUUGUCGCCUGGAGCACAGUGAGAGGGACUGGUCAAGGGAGAAAGCCGAGCUGCUGGAGAGGUUCGACAUGGAGAGAAAAGAGUGGGAGAGCCAGCUGAAGGAUAUGCAGAGGAAAAUAGAAGAGCUGUACUGUGAAGUGAGAUCCAAGCAAGGGGGGACCGGACUCAGCGUACAUUCCACCAGCACAGGCUCCAGUCUGCUUAGUGACAACUACCGCUCUGAGCCGCUCAGCAGUAGCAGCCAGUCAGAAACAAAUAGACAUCAACCUUUGUCUGGCCUCAGUCACAACAGAAAUAUCAGUGGCGAUGGUGCUUGUGUUAUGAGAGAUACUUACCACUCAACUUUUGCCCCAGAAGAAAAACACCUCUGUGAAUUCAGCAUUGGUGGUCAGUUUACUCAAAAGGACAGUUCACAACCUAAAGCUGGGGAUGAGUUGAGAUCCAGAGGCACUUGGCAACAAGACACCAAGGAUACAGCAGAGCUGGAUGCUAUUCUUCGUGGCACUCUGGGGUGUGAAUCACCGCAGGAAUAUGGUUUUAAGGGGAGUGAAACAACUGCCAAUGUUCGACCUCAGGAAAGUUCUCUUUGGGAAGGUCUGAGUUAUGACAGCAUCAAGAAGAAGAACACCACUGCCCUCAAUGCCGCUCUGGAGGAGAUAGCCCGUGUGAGUGAAGAGCUUUGUAGUUACCAGGAUGAGAUCCGAAAGAAGAGCAAUGAUAAAAGGGAUCAAGCUGACUCCCUGUGCCUGUUUGAGGAAAGUGACAGACUUUCUGGCCCUAACAAAACCCUCCUGGGACAAGAGGAUGCUCCGUGCAAUCUCAGACAGAUUCUUGAUGAUCUUUGGACCUCAGAGAAGGAAAGUUGUCUCAACUUGUCAGCAGAUAACACCUGGCAAACCAGCAGAGAGCUGGUUGAAUCCUGGACGACAAGCACCGCUGAUCCAGAUAGCUACAGAGAUACACAGACAAGCCCGGGAGUACACCCUGAAAUGGAUACAGUUGCCCCACCCAUCCCUCCCCGCAGCUCCUCCUGGAAUCUGAGCACUACCACCCAUUCAGACACAGAGCUCCACAUCCCAGAAUCCCCCAUGGCCACAAUGAGGAAAUGCCACAGUCCUUGUGUUCUUGUGGACAGAAAGUGUAGCAGCCCAUCCAUCGUCAGAAAAUUUGAGGCUAUGCUGCAAGAAAACGAAGGAAAGGUUUUAGUAGAUGGUGUGGUGGCAUCCUGCGCCGUACCAACUAACUCCAACUGUAAUAUGGGCUGCUGCCACAGCCGAUGGUCAUGUGAUUCAAGCAAGUUCACUAACAGUAAGUUGUCUACAUGUAACGCUGUCCAGAAAAGCUUUUCUGAAGUCAACAUACGCAGUGCUGGCAAAGACUUGCUUUCAGAUUACAGCCCCAGUGUUGGGAACUUAAAAAUCCCAGAGCUACAAAUGCCUCCGGUUGUCCAAGAAUUACCUGUGGAUUUGCUCUUGUCCUCUCUGGAUAUAGCACCUACCAGCACCAACCUCCAGGGCUCCAAAAGAAAUAUAAUGCUGGAACAAAAAACAGCCGAGUUCAACAGAACUUUGUUUCAGGCGGGGAUGGGCCGUGGUGUACGGGAACAGGACAGUUCUCCUGUAGCAGGUGGUUGCUCUGUGAGUUGUCAACCAGUCCUUACAGUGUCAGAUGAAGUUUUGCCUCCCAAAGAGACUUUUCAGCCACAUUCAACUGACGUUAUCAGUAGCGUGACUGGGACACAAUCUGAAGGGACUUUAUCUCUCUCCAUCUUGGACUCCAUAGCACUGGACCCAAAGGUCCAAGAAGUAAAAACAGAGCUACCGCCUUUAAUUUCACCUGAACGGUCACAGUCUGGAUUCAUGGAAGCCACAACAACGUCUCAGAGUCCUGCACGUAACUGUGAGGUCAAGCACAAAGUUCAAAGAGCCAACAGUCCUUGCAGGAAAACAUCGCACAGAGCAGCCACCGAUUUUUCUGAGCCUGCCUUGCCUGCAAAUACCCAGUUAGAUGACUUUUUACAUGAUUUCAACUCUAAGACAGAGAAUUCCCAUGGAGUAAAGCCUCAGUCUGCCAGAGCUGGUGUCUCUCUCCAGCAGUCUGCUGAGAACAAACAGCGAGACGUGACACAGCCAAGACAUGUGUCUGUUCCUCCUAACCAGGCUGACUCCUCUAGACCUGGGCCUCGAAUGAUGAAUGACCAUCCCUGGAAGCCCCUCACUCUUGCUGCAUACCCACGGCCUGAGGGAUCCAGGUCCAACUACGGGGCGCUGGAAAGGAUUUUGAAAAAUUAUGAGAGUGCAGCGCGGUCACUACAGAACCAGAGUGAACAAAGGGAGAUGAUUUCAAGCCCUAAUGUCAGUGUCAGGCAAGAGGAGAGCGUCUCAGAACUAGACAUGUUGGACAUGGACCCACUGCCGUUACCUCCUACUCUGAGACACACCACACAGACUUCCUACAGCCACCAAACACACACCACACUUGCACAGCUCAGCAGUCACGGUGCCAUGAGUGCAAAGGAGGUUCAGCUUAUACUUCAGGAAAAUGAAGAGUUGCCCGUUUCUCCUUCCUCCGUCCAAAAAAACUUCUCGAGGCCGGCACGUCCAGCCAACCGUCGUCUUCCCUCCCGAUGGGCCAGUCGCUCCCCCACUUCAUCUUCCUCCAUCUCCUCCUCUCCUUCCAGGAACCCCGUCGUGGCUCCGUCCUUCCACCUACAGAAACACACUUCCUCCUUUACUUGUUCCCACACUUUUCACAUAGAGACUGUCAUCUGAUCUCCAUUUUACAGUGUGUCCGUACCAACCAGAAGCCUUCAGAGAUAGCCUCUGAAGUCCAUUCUCUCUUUUUACUGUUGUGUAUAUACCAAAUCUAAAUCCUCCACUACUACGAACUCAGAAGUGCUUUAGUUGUGAGUUCAUCGGCUCACUCUUAGAAUGUAUGUGGCAUCCAGUGGAGCGUGACCAAGAAAGGCAAGUAGAGGACGUGAAGCAGCUUCAGUUAUUCAGCAGUACUUACGCUCCAGUUAACCUGCCAGGCAUCCUGCAUAGCAUCAGAAGACGGUGACAACAUCACCCUUCAAAGAAUGAUCACAGCCAAUGUGUCAUUCAUAGCUGAAAGGAUGCCUUAUGCUCAGGUCUGGAUUCUAGCUUUGACUAGUGUGGCCUUGCAGAUCCUGUCAGAGACUGACGCUUCACUGGUCCCUCUGCUCUAUGUACUGUAUUUACACCUGAUGCUAGUUCAUACCAUAAACUGUCAGCCAAGGGAAAUCCAGAGGGAUGUUUUUAUAAUGUGCUAUAUUUUGUGUGUAUGCAGCAUCAUGUUGAAUUUACAGAUAAAUAUAGAGGAGCAAAGAUUUCUCCUAGUGUUGCUUUGUCAGCCUGCUGAUUAAAGCCAUGUCAGUUUCCAGCCUUCUUAAAUAUCACCUACAGUACUCGCUUGGACUGUACCUUGUCUGUGACUAACACAUUACUUUAUUCUCAUGUUUGCCUUUACAUUUUUCAUGAUUAAGCAAAACAUUUACAGUUUCAAAUAUCAGUUCCUUUUUUUUUUUAUAACUUUGUACCAAAGGCUUUUCAGGUUUCUUACGCAUUAUUUGAAAAUGAUAAACAUUGUUUGUGACGUCAUUUAUGUUUCCUGUCCACCCACUGCUGAUGUUAAACUAAAUGUAUGUUAAACCUCAUCAUGAGAGUUGGCUUCGUUGCAUAACAUACUAAUCCGAAUAAAAGACUUAGAAGUCUUGAAUAGUCACAUAUCAGGACAUUACUCAGCUGAGUAGUACAGUUCUUUUUUUUUUUUUUUUUGGGAUGAAAGUGGGGAAUCAUGAUGAAGGUGUUGCCUUUGCUGAUCUUUUUGUCUAAUAAACAUAAGGACUUAACGAUU